AUGGCUCAUAGUGUUGGAGAUGAAGAGCUUGAGUGGUCUGAGAAGUAUCCGGUCUUGGCACAUGCUUAUACACCAUCCAUUGAGUCUUCGUGCUCUAUCAUUGUGGCACCAUGGAUAAUGUGUGUCAUGGCCAAGAAGGUGUUGAGGAGUACUUCUACAUGGACCUCUUGCUUGCUUUCUGAUAUCCAUGUGCACCUUCCUUUUGAUGAGUUCAUGAUGGGCAUCCUUCAUGUCUUAAACAUCACUCCAACGCACCUGCAUCCUAACAGUUGGGCUGCCUUACAAGCCUUCUACCUCUUGUGUGAAGCCCUACACGCCAAGUCUUUCUUUCUCACUUCAAUACCCGACCGACUUCUCCAGUGA